GACGACGUAGCAGGUCAUCGUGUAUUUUGGAACAAGACCUGCGUGACUGUUGUGAGUGGUCAGCGUGGUAUUCUGUUCUAAGUGGCUUUCUGGUUGUCAUUGCAGCGAUGAAGGCUUACACUUCCUGUUUCAUGCUCCUGUGGAGUGCGGUCGGGAUGGCGAAGGCCGCCAAAAUCAUCAUCGUGCCGCCGAUCAUGUUCGAAAGCCACAUAUACAUUUUCAAGACGCUGGCCUCAGCCCUGCACGAGAGAGGCCACCGCGCAGUGUUCCUGCUCUCGGAAGGCAGGGACAUCGCCCCGUCCCACCACUACAGCCUCCAGCGCUACCCGGGGAUCUUCAACAGUAGCACCUCGGACGCUUUCCUGCAGUCCAAAAUGCGGAAUAUCUUCUCCGGGCGGCUGACGGCCAUCGAGCUGUUUGACAUCCUGGAUCACUACACGCAGAACUGUGACAUGAUGGUCGGCAACCGUGCCCUGAUCCGGAGCCUGAAGAAGGAGAAGUUUGACCUGCUGCUGGUGGACCCUAACGACAUGUGCGGAUUUGUGCUAGCUCAUGUUCUGGGGGUCAAAUAUGCCGUAUUUUCCACCGGCCUUUGGUACCCUGCGGAGGUGGGGGCCCCUGCCCCGCUGGCCUACGUCCCGGAGUUUAACUCGCUGCUCACGGACCGCAUGACCCUGCUGCAAAGGAUGAAAAACACUGGCGUUUACCUCAUUUCCAGAUUAGGGGUCAGCUUUCUGGUCCUUCCCAAAUACGAGAGGAUAAUGCAAAAGCACAACCUGCUGCCCGAGAGGUCCAUGUACGACCUGGUCCACGGGUCCAGCCUGUGGAUGCUGUGCACCGACGUGGCGCUCGAGUUCCCCCGGCCCACCCUGCCCAACGUCGUGUACGUGGGGGGGAUCCUGACCAAGCCGGCCGGCCCGCUGCCAGAAGAUCUCCAAAGGUGGGUAAAUGGUGCUACUGAGCAUGGCUUUGUCCUGGUAUCUUUUGGAGCCGGCGUCAAGUAUCUGUCGGAAGACAUCGCUCACAAACUGGCAGGAGCCCUGGGGAGGCUGCCUCAGAAGGUGAUUUGGAGGUUUUCUGGACCCAAACCAAAGAAUCUAGGAAACAACACUAAGCUCAUAGAAUGGUUACCACAAAAUGACCUGCUUGGGCACUCAAAUAUCAAAGCCUUCCUGAGCCAUGGUGGUUUGAACAGUAUCUUUGAGACUAUGUAUCAUGGUGUCCCUGUCGUGGGCAUCCCACUCUUUGGAGACCAUUAUGACACGAUGACCAGAGUCCAGGCGAAAGGCAUGGGGAUAUUGCUCCAGUGGAAGACAGUCACUGAGGAAGAGCUCUAUGACGCAUUGGUGAAAGUCAUUACUGAUCCCAGCUACCGUCAGAGAGCCCGGAAACUUUCGGAAAUUCACAAGGAUCAGCCGGGCCACCCUGUCAAUCGCACUGUCUACUGGAUAGACUACAUUCUCCGUCACGAUGGAGCCCAGCACCUGCGGGCCACGGUCCACCAAAUCUCUUUCUGUCAGUAUUUCUUACUGGACAUUGCCUUUGUGCUUUUGCUUGGUGCUGCCUUGUUUUACUUCCUCUUGUCCCGGGUGACAAAAUUUAUCUACAGAAAAAUCAAAAGCCUGUGGUCUAGAAGUAAGCAUAGCGCAGUUAACGGACAUUACCACAAUGGGAUCCUCAAUGGCAAGUACAAAAGAAAUGGCCACAUUAAACACGAAAAGAAGGUGAAAUGAGCCAACAACCCAGGUAAUAGGAACAAAUCUGUUCAGUCAUUGAAUUUGUAUCACUGUUAUUUAGUCUAACAGCUACUAAAAGUAAAACAGCAGUAAACACUCCUAACACGCCCUUAUCAGAUCUUACUAAUGAAAUUCUGUGGAAUUAAGAUGGCUAUAAAAGCACAAACCUAAAAUGCAAAAAUGCAUUUUGUUCAAAUACUGAUACAGAGAGUUUCGGCACUGAACCUUUUAGAAGCCUUAAUUAUUUAAAUCGCCUAAGUGACCACGUCAGACCUUAGUUUUAAAUCUUGAUGUGUGUGUAUCCCAGAUAAGGAAUGGUUUCGUUUUCUUAAUAAGAUUUGUGUGUGUAUGUGUGCGUGUCUCCUAAUUAAGAGAAUUUUUAGUGGCUGCUUGUUAUAUUUGUUGAGGGUACAACACACGUUCAAGAAUGAAAUAGAAAGAUAGGAUCCAAAUGUUUCUCUUCUAGCAUUUAAUAUAUAUGAACUCUGAACGCUACCAUGAAAGAACAUUUUUCCCUCAAAACUGGAUGCAGAGGAAGAAAAUGAAAAGAUAAAUGGCACAGUUUUUUGUACUUUUUGUUUUAGUUGUUUUGUUUUUCUGAUUUUGUUUUCCUUUUCUUACAGACCAUGGACACUUCUAGGGGAAAAUAUGUAAUUAAGUAAUUGUAUAAAUUGGUUGUCACAUUUUACUUUUGUUUUCCCACUACUGAUAAUUUUCCUAUGGAAGAAUUUUAUAGUUUUUUUUCUAUUUCAUUUUAAUGAGUAACAUGAUGUUAAUGUAUAAUUAAGACAAUGCAAAUCUGACUUUUGUUCAAAGUAUUGAAGAUUAUUGUUAUGUGGCAUUUUUAAACAGGGCCAUUGUUUGAAUGUUUGUGUAACUAUUUGGAAUGUUCAGGUGUUUCAUUUCCAAAAUUUUAACUUUAAAAGAAAAACACCAUGUUCCUCAUCCCUUUUAUUGUCCAGGCCACAUAAUCUAUGUUACAUAGGUGCCAACUUUUAAUUCUUUUAAAUGGAAUAUUUGCAAUUCUUAUUGGUACCUGCUUUGUCUAGAGAGGUUUGAGAUCUUAACAAAUCAGACUACAUGAUAUACAGAAGCAACAGAGAAAUCGCGUACCAGUGGUUUAUGAAGAUGAAUUCCUACUUUCCCCCUCAGCAGCCUUUUCCAGUUGUCGUGGCUGACGUGGAAUAGUGACAGUAUUUGUUUGAGAACAGGGAUGCACGCCACAGACAUCAGAUCAGAACCUCCCUGCUGAACCACGUACUAAUUGGCCACUGAGUUUAUUCCACGUCAUUCUGUUUACUUAGCCUUUGCACUACAUAGGUUGCCUGUAUGCUUUAUUUAUCUGUAGUCGGAAAUCCCGCAUCUGACAGCUGAGAGUAGACAAGUACAACAUUUACCUAAUGGCAUUCACUAACUUGGAAAAGUUGUGAAAAUUCUAGAAUGCUGUAAAUCCUUGUCAUACACUGUGACAAUGUCAUUCCGCACCCACCAGGAGCCACUCUCCUAUACAUAGAAAUAACGUCACAAGUAGUUUUCUAUAAUGCAGUGCAGACAAAUGUACUGUGCUCUGAUACUUGAAGAAAUGGUAUUAUGCAUAGAAGCCUACAUUAUACCUUUUCACAAUCUUAUCACAAUGUUGCCGUUAAAAGGGAAAAAAAAACACAGGCAAUGAGUGGUGGGGUGGUAAUGGGAGUGUAUGAAUGAGUUGAUUUUACUUUCUUGGAAUUUGAUGAUGUUGACAGUAGGCACUGACUGGAUGAUUAAGCCUAAGUUAAUCUCCACUGUGAUACAAAUUUAAAUAAUAAACAUGAUUUAAAAUAGA